UUCCCCUGCCUCAACAAAUCUCGAUCAUUAACUAACCGAAAUGAUGUACAGGCGAUACUGUUUGCACAAAUUAACAUACUUCUUUAAACAUUUUAAACGUUUGAAGUCGUCCGCAACAAAGCCAGGUCUUAAGGAUGAACCAAUGCAAAAUAUCAGAAAUAUUGGCAUUAUGGCACACAUCAAUGCCGGAAAAACAACAACAUCAGAGAGAAUGUUAUUUUACUCUGGAUUCACAAGGCAUAUUGGUAAUGUUGAUGAUGGAGAUACUGUGAUGGACUACAUGGAACAGGAGAGAAAUCGUGGAAUGACAAUAUCAUCAGCAGCAAUCACACUUCAUUGGAAAAAACACAAAAUAAACCUUAUAGAUACACCAGGUCACGUAGAUUUUACAGUAGAAGUUGAAAGAAGCCUUAGAGUUUUGGAUGGAGCUGUGACAAUUAUUGAUGCUUCUGCUGGAGUUGAAGCUCAAACUUUAACAGUAUGGAGUCAAGCUAACAGGUACAAAGUACCUAGCAUUGUCUUCUUGAAUAAAAUGGACAAACCAAAAGCUGAUGUUGAGAAAUGUUUAAAAUCAAUUCAAGACAAACUGAAAAUAAAACCUCUACUUGUCAACUUUCCUAUAGUUGAUGGUAACAGAGUUACAGACAUUAUUGAUAUUAUAAAAAUGCAAAAAAUUACAUAUGACUUUGAAAGGAGUUCUGAAGGUCAAAUGUUCUGUAUAGAAGAUUUGGAUUCUAAAUCUGAUCCAGAACUUUGGGAAAUAGCAUCAAAAUUUAGAAACAAUUUAAUUGGAAGUUUAUCAGAUUACUGUGAAAAUAUAGCAGAUCGUGUUAUAACAGACAGUGCCAUUACAGCCGAGGACAUCGAUUUAGCUUUGAGAAAUGCCACCAUCGGCAGACAUAUUGUUCCCGUACUAUGUGGUUCAUCACUAAAAAAUGCUGGAGUGCAGCCAUUGAUAGAUGCUGUUACUCAUUAUUUACCUAGUCCUCUAGAAAAAACAAUGGAUUUGGUUCAGUUCUAUGAGACAGACUUAUGUGCCUAUGCAUUUAAAAUCAUACAUGAUAAACACAGGGGACCACUAACAUUUCUUAGAUUGUAUUCUGGUGUAAUGAACUUAGGUGAGAUCUAUAAUGUGAAUAAGAAUAUUAGAGAGAAACCAUCAAGGCUGAUUCAAGUAUACUCUAAUGAAUAUCAUGAUGUCAACACAGCCACUGCUGGAAACAUCAUCUGUGUAGCAGGACUCAAGAAGACCCAGACUGGUGACACUCUUACAGCAAGCAAGGCUACAGCAGAGAUGGCAGCUAAAAACCUCCAUCAUCAUCGUAAACUACAAGGAUUGACAGAACAUGAUCCUGAUGAGAUUCCAGUCCUUGGUGGUAUCAAUAUACACCCUCCAGUGUUCCUGUGUUCUGUUGAAUCAGAAUCUCCUUCAGUACAGAGAAAGUUAGAUUUAGCUUUGGAAUGUCUUAAGAGAGAGGACCCCAGUCUCAUGGUACAAGUAGAUGAAGAAACAGGUCAGACCAUAUUAGGAGGCAUGGGAGAGCUACACCUAGACAUUAUAAGACAGAGACUUUUAACAGAGUACAAGUUAGAUGUGUAUAUGGGUCCAUUACAAGUCGCUUACAGAGAAACUUGUGAAGGAGAAUCAUCGUGGGAAGAAACAAUGGAUACAGUGAUCAAUAAUGUUAAACAACAUGUGGUCUUGGGGAUGUCUAUUCAUUUUAGUCUGCAGGAGAAGGAAUUCAAACAUGUCAAGCUUGUUCAGUCUCGUGAAAAUACUCUUGAAAAAUUACAUAGAAACCAAUUGAAGGCAAUUGAAAUAGGAAUCAAAUCUGCAUUCAGUUCUGGUCCAAUUUUAAACUUUCCUGUGAUAGAUGUUGAAGUCAGUUUGUAUAAAGCAGAGAUAGGAAGAUCUACCACAGAAGCCAUGAUCACAGCUUGUGCUUCACAAUGUGUACACAAAGCAUUGAAGGAGGCCAAAGCUGUUUUGUUAGAACCUAUGAUGAAAAUGGAGGUAACUGUAGAUGAGGACAAUUUACAUGCAGUGAUGGCUGAUUUAGGAAAAAGAAGAAGCCAUAUAGAGAAUGUUGAUAGUGAAGAAGAUAUCAAAUUGGUACAUGCUAUCACACCUCUGUCAGAAACAUUGGGUUUUUCUACUGUUUUAAGAAGCAAUACCCAUGGAAUGGCAAACUUUACAAUGGAGUUCUCACAUUAUGAAAAAAUGUCAGAAAUAGAACAACAAAAAGCAGUUGAUAAAGCUCUUGGAAUUUUUUAAUAAAUAUUUUUUAUUUAA